GACCCGUCGGCCACCACCGAAAAGUAUGGGCUGGAGGCCGGGCUGUGGAAGGCUCUGACCUCCCGCGAGCGCAGGCCGGACGCUCCCUCCCGCGCGGACGAGGCCAAGGCGCUGCUCAAGCAGUACGGCAGCGCCUACCUCCUCACCUCCAUCUCCUUCGCGCUGGUCUCCUUCGGCGCCUGCUACCUCGCCGUCAGCGCGGGGGUGGACGUCGGCGCGCUGCUGACGCGGGUGGGGCUGGCCCCCGGCGCCACCUCCGAGCGCGUCGGCACCGUGGCCAUCGCGUACGCGGCGCACAAGGCGCUCUCCCCCGUCCGCUUCCCGCCCACCGUGGCACUCACCCCCGUGGUGGCGCGCUGGCUGGGAAAGCGCGGCAAGGAGGGCUCCAGCCCCUGA